CCCGGUGCGUACGGUCCCCGCUCCCCGCCGGGCUGCGGGCGGGCGGGUGGCGGGGGUUGAACCGCCGCUCCGCUCCGAGCCGUGCCUGUGCCGCGUCCCCUUUGCCCUCGCCAUGCCCAGAGCCUUCCUGGUGAAACGGCGGAGCCCGCAGCCGGCGGUGCGCAGCUGGGAUGGGCUGCCCGACGAGGAGAGAGCCGACACCUACAUCCCAGGCGGCAUCGGCUGCGUGCUGCUGGGCUACGAGGACAGCCUGGAGAGCAGCGGAAGCAGCGGGACCCGCGACGCCGAGCCCAGCGACCCACCGACGCCCCAGCCUGGCCCGGGCGACUUGGGCGCGGCUGGGGGGAUGCUCCUGGACCUGGCCGUCAAGCGACCCGUUGUCAGGUCAAAAAUCAAGUUCACCACCGGCACCUGCAGCGACGCCACGGUGCAUAGCUGUGAGCUGUGCGGCAAAGGCUUCCGCCUGCAGAGGAUGCUCAACCGCCACAUCAAGUGCCACAGCCAGGUGAAGAGGCACCUGUGCACCUUCUGUGGAAAAGGCUUCAACGACACCUUCGACCUGAAGAGACAUGUGCGGACCCACACCGGAAUCCGCCCGUACAAGUGCGAGGUCUGCAACAAAGCCUUCACGCAGCGCUGCUCGCUGGAGUCGCACCUGAAGAAGAUCCACGGCGUGCAGCAGCACUACGCCUACAAGCAGAGGCGGGACAAGCUCUACGUCUGCGAGGACUGCGGCUACACGGGCCCCACGCAGGAGGACCUCUACCUGCACGUCAGCGACGUUCACCCUGGGAGUGCUUUCCUCAAGAAGACUUCCAAAAAACUGGCAGCUGUUUUGCAGAACAAACUGAGCCCUGUCCUGCAGAGGAACUCCAAAGGCGAUGACAAAGACGAGUGACACGGUGGAUUACAGUGGUCUGAAGCCAUGAAGUUUACAUGUAGGACUACAAAUACACACACAUAUAUAUAUGGAUGGUCUUGGGUUUUAAACAACCGUUUGGAAAGAAGCCUCUGAAGUGGAAAGGAUGCUUUUGUUAACGAGACUUACCUUGACCUUGGUAGAACCUCAAACUUGAAAGAAAUGUCCUCACAUCAGACUUUUUUAUCUGGCCAAAGAAAAGGGAAAGCUUAGAAGAGGUUGUCACCUCUUGGAGAAUGUAUCGAGCUGCCCUCCAGGCAAGCUGGUUUCUGUUUCAGCUGCACCACACCUCCAAGUGCCACCUUUUCUCAGCCUGUUUUGUAAGGAUGCUAACCAUCACCUCCCGUGCUAACGACUUCUGAGAGGUCUGGGCAAAGAACAGCUGUGGAAGAGCAGCUACCAGUACCCUGUUCUGUGCAAAAUGAAUUAAAAUGGUCUUAAGA